AAACCCAGGGGUCCUUGCAAUGGACUUCCCUUUGCCGGCUCUGCUUGCAAUAGAGGAUUAUGAUGAAAAUGAGGGUAAACUAGCUGCAUCGAUUCGAUGGUUAAUUUCACGGGUUUACGAAGAAAAACGAGAUAUGCCGGAUAAAUUAAGGGACGGAGUGCAGAGGGAUGAAAAUGGACACUUUCAAAUUGACGAAGCCGUCGUCGGAGCCCUGUGCAAUGGUUCGUUGUACGCACAAGCUGCUGCUAAGAUAUUCAAGGAGUCAGCGCUAGUUACUAAAGGCCAUGGAGCAGUUCUCGCGGUGCUGACCGAUUAUGGAAUCGAUGUAUUGCACGACGGAAAUGAAUUGGUGGAGGAGGCGCAGCUGGUUGCUUCGGCUCCUUUUAAUAUGUCUGCACACCUUGCAAUAAUUGAUGCUCUUAUGAUGGCACACCUUCGAGAUGUUAUCCCAGUCAGUCGGGUGGUUGAAGCAGUAAGCCGUCACACAGCUGUGGAGCCCAGCGAAAAGCCCAUCGACAGUGUGGAUGCUCUACUUUUCUGGAUAAAUAAAAUAUGUCUUCUAGUUAGAGACGAUGUAGAACGGGAGGAUUCGAACACGAAUAUUCCGGAAAUGGAGGAUUUGUACGAGGAUAUUUCAGAUGGGCAGUGUUUGUGUGCUCUAUUGCAUUGGUACAGACCGCAUGAAAUGCCUGUAGCUGAUAUUUCGUUCAACGAUUCAGCGACCACAAGAGACUGCCAAUAUAACUUAAUGUUGUUACAACUAUUCUGCCGACACCACCUCGCAGUUGACCCAUUCCACUUCGAGAUCGAAGAUCUGCUGUACCUGCGUGACUCACUACAAAUGAAUGUGAACGCCUUCCUUGCUGACCUAUUCGUUCAAUUCGAACCGCCAGUUACACCAGAACCAGUUGAAACACCACGCAUCGGACCUUCUCCUCGACGCUUCGUGCCGGCAUCUGCAAUUCCUGACCUUAGAGCUGCAAAUGCGGCGGCGAGAAGUUCAAUGCACAAUAGGAAUCGACCAAGAAUGUAUAAUCCACCUCCAGCUGUUUCACAUUCUCAAGGCCCGUCGAGAUCAGUGAGCAGAAUGAGCCAGGACAGUUUAUUUUAUUCUCGUCCAGCAUCGAUUGCACUACAGAGGAGGAGCAUGGAUCAAGAUUCUGUGACCGAUUUUCAAACCAUUCGGCAGGGUUUUGAAAACCAAGCUGGAACGGCUCAACUAAAUCGAUAUGAUGGCAGUGUGACUGCAUCUGUUCGGCUGGCCAUGGAGGAAAAACGGAGAAAGCAUGAUCAACAGAUGGCUCAGAUGAGCUCUGCGAACGAGACGGAGCGACUCGAAAAAAGCAAGGCCGCAUUUUUUGCACUCCGAAAAAACGACAACGACCAAACGAGCAAAGGAAAAGAGGAGUGGUACGACCAUUUUGAAGCAAAACUACGAGCGUUGGAGCUGAGAGUGGGAUUAGAAGAAGGAGAGGAUGGAACUCAAUCGGCCAGAUUGAACAGAGCCUCUUCCCAGCCUAGUGUGGUACAAGCCGGUCAAACAUACCCAGCCAACUACAUGACAUUGCCGAUGAACGCAGCUGCACAAAUGACACAGUCUUAUAUUCAACAUCCACAAACCCCACACGACUACUACAUGCAGCAGCAAAUGCAGCAACAGCAGCAGCAACAGGCUCAAGCUCAGAGCAACUAUGCGAGUCCUUCUCAGCUCCGAAACAGCUUGAGCAACGGAAUGAUCAACCACGCGGGCUAUAUAGUUCAAUCAAUGUACCCCGGUGAUUAUCAACAACAGCAACAACAAAUGCAAAUGCAGCAGGGACAAAUGCCAGUGCAGCCAGUUGGUGCAUACACUCCGGAAGGAUAUUUCAUUCCACAUCACAUGCAGCCGAUUCCAGUACAACAGGGUUAUCAACAGAUGCCUCAACCCGGAAUGGGUUUUAAUGGAAUGCCUGCCACCAGUCAACCCGGCUUCAAUAUGGAGGGCUCUCCCGCGCAGAUGGGCUACAUUCAAACAGCCAAUAAGCCGUUAGAUAUGGAAAUGCCGAUGCAACAGCAGCCACCACAACAGCCACCACAACAAAUGCUUCCUCCCAAUCAAAACGCCUUCCAUCUUCAUUCAAAGAGUGAUGAUGCGACUCAAGUGCAAGCUGACCCACCAUUGGAAAUCAAUAGAAAUCUGACAAACUGGGGAAUGACUUACAAACAAGAAAUGCCAGCAAGGUCGAUACCAUCGAGGAGGACGUGGCAAAAUGAAACGUUUAUAAAGAAUGAGUUGGACUUAGUGAAUAGCAAAGAGUCGGUGCCACAUAUCACAGAUGAGACAACAACACAACCUGAAGAGGCUGCAAGACGCUUCCCAGAUUUGAUGCUUGACAAUCAUUCGGAAAAUCUUGCUCCAGGCCGAGGCUUCAGCCGUCAAAAUGACCGUGAUGAUCUUUCUACUGGUAGAAAAUCAGACGACAGUCCUACUGACACGCCUGGUCGCACUUUUGAUGACGAUGAGGGCUCUGGUGAAAACAUGGAGAAAAUCGCAAAUGAACGUCGUAUUGCUAAAAAAGCAGCUCUCAUCGCAAAAACUAUGAAAAGAAAAGAAGAAAUCGAGACAAAAGUUGACCUGGCAGAACAAAGAAACGCAGAGAGGCGACAAGUUGAGAAUGAGAAGAAGGAGUUGGCAUUGAGAAAGAAGGUUGAAAAAGAACAACAACGACAAAAAAUUCUUGAUGAAUACAAGAGGAAAAAGCUGGAGAAGGAGCUCGGUGCUGAGCUCUCAGCUAGGUCAACCGGAAGAGGACAUUCUCAACCACCGUUCAUCAGGACAAAGUCUCAAAUGAGUGAAGUAACAGAGUCUUCAAGGCAGAAUACUCCUAGAAUGAGAGGCCAGUCAUCUGUUGAGCAAAGGGUAUCGGUGAGCAGUUUGGCGGAACCAACACACAAGUUAUACGCCAAAACAGUGACCAAAUCCAACCGUGGAUUAAUCAAUAACGCUCUUCAAUUCAGUGUGUUCCCUGGAGCAGUUAAUAAUGCAACAAGGCAGGCGACAAUAACACAAAUGGCGUCAUCUAGCUCGAAGCAUUUUCUGAUUCUUUUCCGAGACCAAAAGUGUCAGUACAGAGGACUGUACACUUGGGACGAGAUUUCCGACACAGCCGUUAAAAUUUCGGGACAAGGACCGCCAAAAUGCACUGAGGCAAUGAUGAAUUCAAUGUUUAAAUACGAUUCCGGAGCGAAAAACUUCACGAACAUUGCCACAAAGCACUUGUCUGCCACAAUUGACGGAUUUGCAAUUUUGGAUCAAUACUGGCAAAAAGCUCGAAUUCCACACUCGGGAACUCCGGCUCAUAAGAAUAACUAAAGAGAUACACAUGUUUUUGGUGCUUUGUAGAAACCAGUACACGCGCAUUUUCACUUACUUUUUUUAUUUUUUUCCGUUUCUUUCUGUUUCUAAUUUUGCAGAUUACGAGCUUGCUAAAAUCAAUUAAAAUUGUAGUUAUUAAUUUAAUUGCACUUGUAAAAUGAAACUAUUAAAUAAUUUUCAAAUUUCAAAAUGAAAAUAAAAUCAAAAUUUGUGAAAAAAAAGAAUAAAAACCCCCUUUAUUUAUUUUCUGUGAUCCUUGUGUUUCAGUUGUUUCAUAGUCAGUUGUCAAAAAGUUUGAACCUUGUCUGAUGGAAUCUUUUUGUGAAACUUUUCUUGUUCAUCCCAUGCCUUCCUUAAAGUGUAAUUGUCAUUUUGUGCCCCAUUUCCAAUCAAAUCUUCUCCACUGUUCGGCCAGAUUUACUUACGAAUAAAUUAAUUCGAAUUU